UCGGCCUGUCGACGCUGACGCCACACGUGUGACAGAGCACGGUUCUCUCAUCCAAGAGCUGCUGAAGACAAUGGCAGGCUGUGGAACGCGGGUUACUGGGGCUUUCAAGGCACAUGCACGGGCUUUUUACUGGUAGCAGCGCGUGAACCGAGCAAGGGCCGAACCUGAUCUAGGAGACCUUCAGCCUUGGUCAUCCUCUGGUGAUUAUUUCCCAUCCGAAGCCUAGUGCUUUUCCUUCUGACAGCGUGUUCUCCAAAACAACAUAUAGUCAUGGCAGAACUCAUUCCUCUGGAUGUUGACAAGAUUCCCACUUUAACAGCCGCACCAAUUCCGGCUGAUAAAUUGGCAAACACAAUGGGAAAAAAACAAAACAAAAAAAAAGUGGAAGAACUUGUAGAGGAAGAGGAGGAAGAGUAUGUGGUGGAGAAAGUUCUAGAUAGACGUGUGGUGAAAGGAAAGGUUGAAUACCUCUUGAAAUGGAAAGGCUUUUCAGAUGAGGACAACACUUGGGAACCAGAAGAAAAUCUCGACUGCCCAGACCUGAUAGCAGAAUUCUUGCAGAAACCAGAAAGCAGCACUUGACACAGAAAAAUCAGAGGGAAGCAAGAGGAAGGAGACUCUGACACUGAUUUAGGGGAAGAAAGCAAAGCAAAAAAAAGGAAAGAAGAGGCAGAGAAGCCUAGAGGGUUUGACAGAGGUCUGGAACCCCAACGUAUCAUAGGAGCAACAGAUUCAAGUGGAGAACUUAUGUUCCUUAUGAAAUGGAAAAAUUCUGAUGAAGCAGAUCUUGUUCCUGCAAAAGAAGCCAAUAUCAAGUGUCCACAAGUCGUCAUUUCAUUUUAUGAGGAAAGACUGACGUGGCAUUCAUACCCCUCAGAGGAGGACGAGAAGAAAGAGGAUAAAAAUUAACAUUGAAAAGCCAUGCGUCUUUCUUUGUACUGAUGCAGGUUGUUUUUAAAAAAAAAAGAACUUUCUUUGUAAAAAUAAAAUGUAUAGUUGUACAAGUUAGGUUAAAAGAUGGAAAUGCAUUAGUCCUGCUUUUUCUUUUAGACUGUUGUAUUUUAACAUAUUUACUUAGAAUCUGCAGUUAAGAUAAAUUUGUUCCUGGAAACAUAAGUAAAUACCGAAUUGUAAGCCUUUCUUUAGUCAACGCUGUCAUUUAUUUUCUUAUAUUUGUCACUCUCAGUAGUAUUAGGAUUCGUGUAUGGCAUUUUUUUCCAGAGUAGCUUGUGUUCAGUUGAACAUCUUUAUCUUGAAAUGCACUUGCUUUUAAUUAAUGUAUUUAGUAAGUCGACAGGCUGGUUUUCUGCCUAAUUAGGUUAAACUCUCUUCUUUUGUAUAUAGACCAGAUUAGUUCUGCUGUACUUUUAAGUCAUUAUGGAUGCAGACCAGAAAUAAUGCCCUGUGCCAACAAUGUGCCGAUGGCAUACUAGAAAACACAUUUCAUGUGAAUACGGUUUUCUUAGAAGCUGGAUACCUUAUGAUGAACAAAUGCAUUUGCAAAUGUGGAACUGAGACCAUUCAGUUUGUACUGAAUGUUUUCGGGUGUCCUCCUUCCCCCUUCAAAAAAAAAAACUCUGUCGUGGACUUUUAUUGAUCAGGGUCAAGCCUAUUACUAAUGAAGAAUGGGGUGGAAAACCCAAUCAUUAAAAUUAUGCUGACAUAAUGUUCGAUGUGCUUAAUAUUCAAAGGCCCUGCCAUGGUACCUUCAUUUUUGGGUGGGAAGAUUAUGUAGCAUUUAGCUCCACCUUUUUUUAAAGCAUGUGUUUAGAUUUUGUGAUAACCUAGUUUUUAUGUAAAGUAAAUGUUUGUCUGCUUUCUUACUAUUUUUUUUCUGCUGGUCAUUUCAAUAAAAAAUAGAUUUAUAAAA